AUGGGCAAAUCUAUCACCGCGAAGGCAUCCUCGGCGAAGACAAAAAAGUCGGGCGUGUCUAAGAUGAAAACGACCUCUGGGGCUAAAAAGUCCGUCAAGAAACGAGUUGAAAUUGACCUAGAACAGCCUAAAGACAGGGAUACCAUCGAUUCCAAGCUGGUGUCUGAAACCCAGACUGAAGAGAAGCGUGUUACUGAUGACAAUGAAGUGCAACGCUUGGCUGAUGAGAUUGAGGCGAAACAAAUUGCCGAACGAGAAGCUCGCAGGAGUGGGCAUUACGACAGCAUUGUUCCAAACUUGUCGGUGUGGUGGAUGCAGAAUUUAUAUUCGGGAGACGCUGUCGACAAAGCAUUGGAACGUCAUGACCGUAUCCAUACGGGUAACGCGCUUUUUAUGGCGUGGGAAGAACGUUUUCCUGCCGCCUGGAACCAACCCUGCCUCCGGUAUGACAAUCCAUUUAACGACAAUACCGGGACAGCAACUUGUGAAGAUCGUUUCGCCCGCAUUUUCACAUCGAUGAAUUCGGAUAACAGUCAAUUGACUAAGUAUCUCAUUGCCGCAUUUGACACUGAAACGAUGGAAGUGAAUCCAUCUGAAGAAAUUUGGUCUUUACGCAUCUUGGCAAUGCAGAUUUCUUUACAAAAUCCGUUUCCCUUUUUCGGUUUUGAUGAGUUUGAAGAUAAACCGGAUGACAACCAUUUCUUUUCAGGCAAAAUGAACAAUCCACGUCUACGCUUGGAGCAUCCCUUGGUGGGCUUUUGGUUAAUUUGCUCCAAAUUGUUUGACUAUCCAUGGAUUAAUGAGUUUCUGUUGGAGUAUUACGAUGACCCGUCAUCCGCAAUUGUUGACACAAUCAAACAAAGGAGACGUGACGAGUCCAACAAAGCUCCUCCAAACCAAGAACUAGUGAAGGCACCGGUUCCGCCUUGUAUUCAAAAUAUAUACAAUCCAAUGAACUCUAUUGACGAGCCAGGCACGGAUGUUCAACGAGAUUCCGCCAGAUCUUCCGACGGUAGUGGAACUCAAGAGUUAGACGAGGUUAAAGUGGUGACGGUGCAAAAGAAUCACUCCAAGGCGCCCGAGUCAUCGGAUGAAGAUGAAGACAAUGAUGCUGAUGACACUGAAGACAGAGAGAACAUUGUGGACAACGCAAUGGAGGAAGACGACGAUGAUGAACAGGUCAAUAGCGAUGGGACGAAUCCGCACGAUGAGGCCAUGGACGACAACACUCCACCGUUGAUUUUUCACAACCUCACGGCAACACAAGACUCAGCAGGUACAGGGAUCCUUAUGGAGCCCUCGGAAACAACUCCUCUGCGCGUUCAACGUCCCCCAACACUGGCCGAACGGAUCUCGAACCUCAUUCAGGUGAAUAUGGAAGGGGUACCAGGCAAGUGUCACAUCUUUGAGACUACUUUCUCUGUGAACUAUCAAGGGUCCGAUUCAGGAACUGUGGCGGAUGCGCUCUUGUCGACAGUUCUAUAUUCUAUGGAGGAAGCCAUCAACAAUUCCCCUAAUGAAUGA